GUCAACUUCUCCAUACCUGGGACUUCACCGUCAAGGUUAGGUGGGCUCCUGCUCUUGGACUGAGAGCAUCAGUUUCCUACUUUUUUAGUGUCUGGAUGUUUUCAACCUCUUUCAGAAAUGACAACAGAAGGACAACUCUGGUGGCGAAAGCUUUUUCUGAUACUAACAGUGCUCCCCUGCUGUAGGAGUUUGGAGGUUUCUAUCCCAGAGAGUAAUUAUGAGGUUGCCAGAGGAGGCGACAUUACCCUGACCUGUUCAUUUAUCCCGGCUGUGAAAGACUUGAGCACAAUGCUGCUCUCAUGGGAAGCUUCUCCGGAAGUUGCUGGUGAACCACUGCAAGCCGUGGCUUCUUACUUCUACAGCCGUCCGGUUAACAUUGCACCUGCUUACGAAGGCCGAGCUUUCCUCGAGGUCGACAUGAACACGCGAACCAGCACGCUCCGCUUAACCAAAGUGACCAUGCAGGACAGCCGCAGUUACCAAUGCAGUGUCAACAUCUACAACGAUGACGAGGGAACAACAGCUGCCACCACGUCGCUCCUGGUUCUGGUUGCUCCCUCUAAGCCAGUCUGUGGCAUUCAGGGAACAGCAGAGUAUUAUCAGAAAAUCACACUCACCUGUAAAUCAGAAGAGGGAUCUCCAGCUCCGACGUACAGCUGGAAGACCUACAGCGUCCAAAACAUGCCCAGGCCGUUUCCACCGAAAACAACUGAAAAGGAUGGAGCUUUAUCUCUCUUCAACAUAACAAGAGAGACAUCUGGGUUCUUUGUUUGCACAUCAGAGAAUCGAAUUGGUUCUGCCAGCUGCAACCUUACCUUGGUUGUGGAGCCUCCCAGCAUGAGCACUGCGUCCACUAUAAUAAUUGUUGCAGUUGUCCUCGCAGCUGUCGUGGUUAUUGGAAUUAUCAUCUUCUGCUGCUGCUGCCGAAAAAAAGGCAAACAGGAUGAAUAUGCUGAAGGUUCCCCUGAGGAAAUAGAGUUUCACGACAAAGAAGAGCCUGAAGUUGGGACAUUAAAGUACAGGGAUGACAAGUCAAACAGCGAGAAAAAGCAGGUCGACCGGUAUGAAGACAAAGACGUUGUUCCUGAGAUCAGUCACAGCGUCGCAGCAGCUGUACGGAAGUUAGACGAUGAUCAGAACAGUUAUAUUAGCAGUAAAGAAAAGUACGAUGGAAGGGUCAGUGAUAUCGAAUCUCAGCGUUACCAGGAUGACCAGCGCGAUCGAUAUCACGGAAGUCGCGAUCGCCUUGACGAUCAGCGUGACCGCUAUGGUGGCAGUCGCGAUCGGCUCGAUGAUCGGCAAGAUCGAUACGGUGACAGUGACUACAGGGGCAGUCGCGAUCGCCUCGAUGAUCAGCGUGACCGUUACGGCGGUAGUCGUGAUCGCCUUGACGAUCGGUAUGAUAACUACAGGGGCAGUCGUGAUCGCCUCGAUGAUCAGCGUGAUCGAUAUGGUGGUAGUCGCGAUCGCCUUGACGAUCGGCGGGACCGUUCUGGUGUCAGUCGCGAUCGCCUUGAUGAUCACAGUGACCGCUAUCGUAGCAGUCGAGACAAUCUUAACGACCACAGCGAUCGCUACGGUGGCAGCCGAGAUCGACUCGAUUACAACAACAGUCGAUAUGAUUAACUUCGUGUUACUAAGUUCUCUUUGGAAGCCAUAAAAAUCUUCUUUUGGCGCAUUGGGAGGCACUUAAAAAAUCUUUUACUGGGUUAGUUGUUUGGCUUCAGGAUUCAUCAAACCAGAAAGUGGAGCAGAAAAAUGAAUUCAAAUGUCCUUAAAAACACAGAUGGAGCUGAAAGCUUGGUGACAUUUAAUACCUGCAGGCUGAGGUUCUGUAGCUGAGCUAAUCUGAUGGAUUUCACCCACAUUGCUGGGGCUGAAUUCAUUUUCAUACAUGUUGGUGAAAGCAGGCUCUUAGAACAAGCUGUGAAAAGCUGAAAAUGCUCCCUUCAAACACAAAUUAACUUCUAACCCUGCCUUAACAUUUACAUAAUUGAAUCAUAUUUUGCCAUACUGAUGUUGAUGUCAUGUUUUAGUGUCCAGGUCUAGGAAGACGAUACACAAUAAUAAUCAUAAUAAUAAUAAUUUUAUUCAUAUAACAAUUUUAAAACAAGCAUAUACAAAGUACUUUGAUUACAGACAAUGCAAAAGGGCAUCCACAAGUCAACAGAACAACAAUUAGGAUAAAAUUCAAAUAAAAAAACCCAGAGAUACAAAAAUACUAAAUGCAUUACGUCAUUAUUAAUAAAUUAAACUAAUUAAAGUAAAAAAUUUAGUAGUCAGGUCAUUUACUCAGCUGAUGUGCCCUCCAACAGAGAAACACAAAAUUAAAACUUAAGGUUAUUUAUGAUGUAAAGUUAUCCAAUCAAUUUAAACAUUAUGGUUAAGACUCUACAAUGUUAUAAAAAAAUAAAAUUACCUGACAAAUUUAAAUGGUAAGGUAAAGACCCUACAGAAUUACACAAAAACUACAUAUUUCCCCGUCUAAUUACAUUUUUAAAGGGGAACACAAUAUUAUAUUAAAUACUUACACAAACUUCCUGACUAAUUUGGAUUAGUAAUUAAGAUUUAGACCCCAUAACAUCAUACAUGAAAAACCCAACAAAUCCAUAGACUCCCAGCUGAGCGAGCAGAUCGGCAGCAGUGGAGACUUUCAGCAGCAGAACCUGCCUCCACCAGCUGGGGCAAGGCUAAACGGGACAUUUUUAAUGAAUGUAAGUUAACAGAAGACCCUGCAAUCGUUAAUAUAUAAAUAACUCACAUAUUCAGGCCACCGAUCUACUGCAGCAAUUUGAGCAUUGUUGUCAGCAUAUAUACUGUGUACUUCAUCUGUGAUUCUAAACCGCUUUUAAAAUAUAGUUUGUGAUUUAAGUGUAUUUUGAGUCAUAUUCAAGCAAAAAAAUUCCCCAAAUUUUAGCUCCUUAUAUGUGCUAAUUUGCUGCUUGUCCUUGUAUUCUGUUACUUCAGACUAGAUAUGUUUGAUUCAUUUCGCUUGAGAAAAUUGUGUUGGACCAAUUAAAUAAUCAAGAUAAUGACUAACAAAGGAAUCCACAACAAUCCAUGAUAAAUGCACAGUUUUACAGCUCUGACAUUAUUUUUGCAUGUUACUUUGUAAUGAAGUCAAUUUUGUUUUUUAAAUAUGCCAAAAAAAAUAAACCAUUUGUCUUAAAACAGAUCAUGGAAAAAACUAAAGUUUUGUGCUUUUUGCUGCAACUAAGAAGCCAUGAGUGACUCAGUUAGAGACCAAGAGUCAUGCGACAAAAAUUCAGGGACUAUUCAGUUUAAUUUGUGGCUGCGUUCACACAGAGAGACAUGUAUAGACAUAAAUAAAAUAGGAAUUUAUGGGGGGAAAAUGGCUUAAUUUGUAUCCAGAACUGCAGAGUCUGAAUGUAAAAGUACACAUAAAUAUAAAAAUAUAAAAUUACAAGGAAAAAAACAUCUAUAGCAUGGGCAUAAACCUAUAUAAAAAGCUACAUAUUUAAUUAAAGAAAAUUCUGUCUUUUUACAUAAAUUUAAUUUAAUAAUUAAAUUAUUAAAUUUAAUUAAAUAAAUAUCAUUUAAGAGAACAGAAAAAUACUGUAUGAAUAAUAUAGUAUUUUUUGGACAAAAAAACUAGAAAUAUGUGUAACUUGGCAUUAAAAAUACUUAAAAUAUAUAAUGUCUGUAGUUUUACACUUUUCUACACAAUCUGUAGAAAACUAGUGGAACACAUUAGUGUCAUGUUCCAUAAAAUUUAGAUUUUAAAAAACAUUUUUACCAGCAUUGUGAAUACUCAGAAAAAUGUUGUUUCUGCUGAUUCCAGUCUGUUAUUUUUUUUUCUAUAAAACAAAUAAUCAAAGAAAUUCCAUUAAUUAUGUGAUUAAUGAUUUGUGGCACUACAGUUGUGGUUGAGUUUUCUAUACUUCUUGCCGUAGUUGUGCUGUUUCCAGGGAGAGCAGAGGCGCAGGACUUAAUAUUUCAGUGAAAAAUGAGACUAAACAAUGCAUAAAAACAAAAAAAAGCCCAGCUUGAUUGAUCAUUUGUAACAUUUUUUGUGCUUUUUGUUCCUAUUUUGUGCGUAAAAUGUUCUGCAAUGAUCGUGAAAAGUGUAAUUUUUAUAUGAAGCUUAAUAAAAUCGAGUUUUAUGAAGAAACUUGGUGAAA